AUGGAAACUUCACUUGUGAAGUCACAAGCGAACGAAGAAGAGGAAGUUGGGAUAACAGACAUUGACGUUGAAUCGAUAUCACAGAACGAAAUCGAGUCGGUUCAAAAAAUAUUUAAAACGAUGAAACGCCGGAGACUUGAAAGGAAGUUUUAUGGUGUCGAUUUCUUGUCGACGACGUCGAUGAAGACGUCGGUAGUGUUUUUAAUUUCUUUGUUGAUCUAUUUCAUUGGGAUAGUGGUGAAAUUCUUUGUUGAAAGAAGAGAAGAAACGUCGGGGUCUGUUGAAGAAGACAGUUCAUUCAAACAGUUUUUAACGAAGUACAUCAACGAAGAGAUUAUUAUGAUUCUUCUGACUGUCUUUGUGAUCUUUUCAUUACGAGUAGUGAGACCACUUCUAGUUGUUUUGAUGUUUGAGUUGUACUGGUUUUGUAUAGUGUUUUUCUGGAAUGAAUUUUAUAACUCGUUUGUGACUAUAAUGGUGUGUCUGUUGUGUCUACUAAUUGCUGUGAUAUUAACAAUUCUCUCUUCAAGCAUUUUUCUGUUUGUAAUUCGGCACCUCCCCGUGUUGUACUUCUUAAGCCCCGUCAUCACUUCUAUCAAUGAGUCGACUAAGGGUGUCCGGAGGUACAACUUACAAACCAAAAAUUUGAUCACACGAAAAGUCCAGAGUUAUACACUGGAAGGGAGGACUGAGGGGAGUUGUGUUGAGGGGUCUAUUGUAUGGGGUGACAAUGAAAAUUAUGGGGAAACCCUGACUGGUAUAUGGAAGAAUGGGCAGUUAGUCGGUCCAUUUGAGUCAUCGAUAAUCGGGGUCCGUUCUUUAGUGAAAUCCGUUCCAAUAAUAUCGUAUGAAGCUUAUAAUGAUCGUGGGAUCUUUACAUUAGUGUACUCUCUUAUAUCCGUUGAGUGUUGUUAUUCAGGGAAGAUGUUAUAUAACUUGCCUUCUGUUACAAAAGUGCAUGAACGAGUGUGUCAGUGUGUUGGAGAUUGUCAUUGUGCGUCAGAAUUCUUUGAAGAGAUAGGAAGUGAUAGUGAAGAGUCAUCAAUGGAUAUGGUGAAUGUUCAAUUUGAUCAUAUUAAUAAGAGUAUUGUAUUACCAGGCAUGUCGAAUGUGUGUGAAGGGAAUUUGGAGAAGAUCUCACUGCGCAUUAAGAAGAGAACGGACUCGAAAAUGCGAACGAUAACAGUGAGUGGGAUAGACACGAGUGAUAUGAAACAGUGUCUUAUCUUUUUGACUGGGUCAAUUCACAAAGAACAACGACAAAAGGAAUUUGCUCAAUUUUUGGCGUUGUCGAAAUUACCAAAGAGUGUCACACCAGUUCUAGUCAAUUUGUCACAGAACGGGGAAAUGCCAGAUUAUAAUGAUUCAUACCUUCAUGUUGCAUUUUCUAAUGUGUUACAGUCGAUUAUAUUAGCACAAACAAAGAAGAUUAAUAUCUUUGCAAUGGGAGAUACUAUCAUCUUCUUGUUUAAAGCAUAUUACCUCUUUAGAACACUGCUUGUGGAAAAUGUCCAAAUAGAGAACUUGAUGAUAGUCAAUCCUUUUGAUAUACCAGAACUCUUAUAUAACGAACAUAAAAGAGCGUGUAUCUCACUCUUCAUGAACGUCAAAAGAAUCACUCUCUAUUCUAACACAUUCUCAGUCAGCGCUAGCACUUGA